AUGUAUCGAGCUUUCCGCGCCCACUUGGUUGCCUUCGGGGGCAGCGAUGCGCAGGUCGUGCGUGAACUUUUUCAGCUCCUUGAUGCUGGCGCCGCCUCGGAUUGGAGCCAUGUGCGGGCGCUGGUGCAAGGCCGUCCAAGCCUGGAGUGGGCACGCGACUGGCAGGAGAGUCGCAGCGAUGCGCAGCUUCUCUGGGCUCACCCCAAGUCGCACGCCACAGGCGCCCCGGACCAGCAGACGCCGCUUUCAUCCGUCCUCUCUGCCUCCCCGCGGCACCGCUUAGCUGCGAUGCUGCAGAAGUGGGGCCUCACCGAUCAGGAGUCUAAGAGCGGAGCGGAGGCUUCCCUCCAGAAGGCUGCGCUGAAGUUCCUGGCCUUGCCCCGGUCCUCCCUUGGUGGGCUGACCGCGCGGAAGGUCAAGGAGGCUGGGCCAGAAGGCAACCCGGGAGAGUGUGCUCGAGCUGCCACGGCCGAGUGGAGGCGUGCAGCCGCAGACUUGCUCCUGGCGUCCCCGGCUGCAGAGGGCCUGGUCUCUCACCAGGACUCCUCCGGGCGAACGGCGCUGCACCACGCAGCUGCCGCCGGCGAUGCACACAUGGUCGAGGUGAGAAGGGUUUCUGUGGAACUGGAAGGCGAGGUCGUUCUUUCAAGGCUCAGUCUGGGAAAGUCCAGCGCAGAUUCCUCCUCCGAAUCAUAA